GUUAGUCCAUUACCAUGUCACUCAGCAGAUCCCUACUCAUGUGGAAGAUUUUGUGGGCGGCUUCUUGAUUGUCAGAAUCACACCUGUAAGAAAGAAUGUCAUCACGUUACUAGAUUGAACAGCAGUACAGGUGGAAAUGAGAAAGGUUCCCUUUUAAACUUCAGCAAAAAUUCUUCAACUGUAGAAGAAGAAGAAAGGGGGUCAGUGCGAAAACUAUUGAAAACGGCAGGUCCAGAAUGUUUGCAGUGUGAAGAGGAGUGUUCCAAGCCCCGACCAUCUGGCUGUCCUCACCGAUGUGUUUUGCCUUGUCAUCCUGGGGAUUGCCCAUCAUGUCUCCAGAUGCUUAAAAUAAAGUGUCACUGCAAACUAUCAAUACUGUAUAUUGAAUGCUUAAAGCUAACGUGUGCUGAUUCAAAAGAAAAGGAGCUUCUUAUUUCAUGCAAAAAUCAGUGUCCAAAAGAGUUGCCCUGUGGUCACCGGUGUAAAGAGAUCUGCCAUUUGGGUAGCUGUCCUCUGAACUGCAGCCAGAAGGUUAAACUCCGAUGUCUCUGUAAGAGGCUGAAAAAGGAAAUACAGUGCAGCAAGAUACAAGAAAACCAAGUCUCGCUGGAAUGCGAUGCAUUAUGCAAGGAAAUGAAACGGAAGGCAUCUGAGAUAAAAGAGGCAGAAGCCAAAGCUGCUAUUGAAGAAGAGAAACGAAGACAACAGGCUGAACUGGAAGCUUUUGAAAACAGAUUAAAAGGGCGAAGAAAGAAUAAGAAAAGAAAGGAUGAAGUAGAAGUUGAACAGUCAUCAUGGCAAAAAUACAAGAACCUCAUUAUGCUGCCAGUGUUCGGAGUUGCUGUUGUGAUGGUUGCAUGGCUCAUGGUCUACAAUGACUGAAACAACUCGGUAUUUAAUAUACCUCUGUGCUGUAGGUAGCUAUUAUUCCUAGAAUUGUUAGCCUGUGUGCAACAGAACUUAAUAUCCAUAAAUGAUGUAUGUAUACUGUUUGCCAAGAAAGGUGCAGAGGAGGUAAGAAAUAUCACUUUUUGUGUUAUUGCACUUGCAACACAAAACUGAAUUCAGACACUUAAAAUAAUAGUAGAUUUUAGUCUGUACUGAAGAACUGAUAGAGUUUGACUGAAAUCCAUUAACAUCUCUUCUCUUAAUAUAAUGUGCUUACUUUUCCUUGUCU